GUCGUUGCUUUUGCCUCGCUUUUCUUCAUCCUGGUCUCCAUCACAACCUUCUGCCUGGAGACGCACGAGGCCUUCAACAUCGACGUCAACGUGACGGAGACCCUCGUGGUUGGCAACACCACGACGAUCCUGCUGACGCAUAAAGUGGAGACGGAGCCCAUCCUCACCUACAUCGAAGGCGUCUGCGUCCUGUGGUUCACCCUCGAGUUCCUGGUUCGCAUCAUCUGCUGUCCAGAUAAGCUUCUCUUUGUUAAAAACCUGCUCAACAUCAUUGACUUUGUGGCCAUCUUGCCCUUCUACCUGGAGGUAGGUCUCAGUGGCCUGUCCUCCAAAGCUGCCCGGGACGUACUGGGCUUCCUACGGGUGGUGCGUUUCGUUCGGAUCCUCCGGAUCUUCAAGCUGACACGGCACUUUGUGGGUCUCCGGGUGCUGGGCCACACACUGCGGGCCAGCACCAAUGAAUUCCUGCUCCUCAUCAUCUUCCUCGCCUUGGGGGUCUUGAUUUUCGCCACUAUGAUCUACUACGCCGAGCGGAUCGGAGCCAAGACGUCCGACCCCCGCGGGAGUGACCAGACUCACUUUAAGAACAUCCCCAUUGGGUUCUGGUGGGCUGUGGUCACGAUGACGACCCUGGGCUACGGCGACAUGUACCCCAAAACCUGGUCGGGCAUGGUGGUGGGGGCUCUCUGCGCGUUGGCCGGGGUGCUCACCAUUGCCAUGCCCGUGCCCGUCAUUGUCAAUAACUUUGGGAUGUACUAUUCGUUGGCCAUGGCCAAGCAGAAGCUGCCAAAGAAGAAGAAAAAGCAUAUACCCCGUCCGGCCCCACUGGACUCCCCAACCUAUGGCAAAUCUGAGGAAAACUCCCCCCGUAACAGCACCCUGAGCGACACUUGCCCCUUGGCAGUAGAGGAGGGGGUGGCUGAGCGGAAACGAUCAGACUCGAAGCAGAACGGCGAGGCCAACGAGGUGCUGUCGGACGAGGAGAAGCCGCUGUCACCAACAGAUGAGGAGAAGCGGCCCAUGCGGCGCUCCAGCACCCGGGAUAAGAACAAGAAAUCCUCCACGUGCUUCCUGCUGGCCACAGGGGACUUCUCCUGCGCAGCGGAUGGAGGCAUCCAGAAAGGCUAUGGAAAAUCCCGAAGCCUAAGCAACAUAGAC